AGAAGGAGUAAAAAGAAAGAAAGAAAAAACUUCAGCAAACAGAACGGCUCGUAUAGUGAAAUAAAGAGCUUCAUGGAUUUGCAUAUCUGGAACAAUAUUCGUCUUUGACAAACGAUUGUGAAAGACGAGGAAAACAAAAGAAAACAACAAUAACAAGUGGAAGGACUUUGGAGAGGAAGAGCGCGUCCGUGCGCAUUUCUCUGGGACAUUAUCAUACCCAUCCGCAUCCUCAUCCUCAUCAUCAUCUCUCUUGUGUUGAAUAAAAUGAAAGUUUGGAGUUUUCUCCAAUGUCUCGCCAUCCUGCUCGUCCUGUGUGUAGGAUCAGACUGCGGGACGGUCCUGAGAAAGACCCGAUCCAAACGCGAGCUUGUGAAGAUCAGAGAAGCCAAAGCGGUCUUCCCGGGGGCUUGUGCCACCCGGCUGCCCCGGGGCAAGCGCUCCCUGCCGGCGCUGGACCGCCGGCUUCCCCGCCAGCGCCGCCGCUCCUCUCCGGUGGAGGAUGCGAGCUCUUCUCUGGGAAAAGCCGUUUAUUUUACGGGCAGAGGGGACCAGCUGAGACUCAAGCCCGGUGUGGAGAUACCAAAGGGCAAUUUCACCCUCCAGAUGUGGGUCAAAGCGGAGGGUGGGCAGCAUUCCCCUACCAUUAUAGCUGGUCUCUUCGACAAAUGCUUCUACGCCUCCAGUGAUCGUGGAUGGCUGUUGGGAAUUAAAGCUGUGAGUGAACAGGGAAACCGUGACCCGCGUUUCUUCUUCUCCCUUAAAACGGACCGAGCACACAAAGUUACAUUCAUUCACUCGAAUGCCCGCUACUUGCCCAACCACUGGGCCCAUGUAGCUGUGACUUACAAUGGCUUCUAUAUGAAGUUAUAUGUAAAUGGUGCUCAGACAGCUGUUAGCAGGGAACAGUCAGGUGAUGUCUUCAGCCCACUUACUAAAAAGUGUAAGGUGCUGAUGGUGGGUGGAAAUGCCUUGAAUCAUAACUACAGAGGCUCCGUGGAGCGUGUCGGUUUGUGGCGACGGGCACUCUCUCAGAGGCAGAUCAUAAGGGACAUGCAUGGACAUGAGGACCCUGAGGACCUGGUUGACCUGGUGAUCCAUGAGACAUUUGAACACCCAGCACGCAAAUGGCUGGCUGUGAAGGACGGCAGCUUCCCAAUACCAGAUGAGGGUCCUCGUGCAGGGUUGGGGUCUUUAGACACCACCCUGGAGCCUCCAGCUUGCGGUCAGACAGUGUGUGAUAACACAGAAGUGGUGCACAACUACAAUCAAUUCUGGAGCUUCCGUCACCCCAAAACGGUACGCUAUCGUGUUGUAAACGUGUUUGACGACUCUCAGCGCAAACCCACAGUCACAGAUCAGCAGAUUCACCUGCAACAUCAGCAUAUGAAUGAAGCCUUUAGCAUGUACAACAUCACCUGGGAGUUGACUGUGCACAAUGUAAGCAAUUCAUCUUUGUAUAACCGUCUGGUACUCGCCAACUGUGACAUUAGUAAGGUGGGUGAUGAGGAUUGUGACCCUGAAUGCAAUCACACCCUGACUGGAUUUGAUGCUGGUUACUGCAAGCCCAGGACGCGAUGUCCUGAACAUAAACAAGGGAAUGGCGUCUGCGAUCCAGAGUGCAACUGUGAGAACUAUGGAUAUGAUAAUGGCGAUUGCUGUAACCCUAGCAUCACCGAUGUGACCAAGACUUGCUUCAAUCCAGCUUCUCAUUUAAGGGCCUAUCUGGAUGUGAAGGAGCUAAAAGAGAUCCUCAAGCUGGAUGGUUCCAUGCACCUCAAUAUCUUCUUCGCCAAUUCCUCAGAUGAAGACCUGGCUGGAGUUGCUACCUGGCCGUGGGAUAAGGAGGCACUGACACAUCUAGGUGGCAUCGUUCUGAAUCCUUCUUUCUACGGUACAUUUGGCCACACUCAUACCAUGAUCCAUGAGAUCGGUCACAGUCUGGGAUUGUACCAUGUGUUCAGAGGUAUCUCCGAGAUCGAGUCCUGCAACGAUGCGUGUUUAGAGACCGAGCCGUCACUGGAAACUGGAGAUCUGUGUGCCGACACUAACCCCACACCUAAAUACAAGCACUGCAGGGACCCUGAGCCUGGCAACGAAACAUGUAGCAACCGCAAUUUUGUUCACACACCCUUUAAUAAUUACAUGAGUUACGCAGAUGAUGACUGCACUGAUUCCUUCACACUUAACCAGGUGGCUCGCAUGCACUGCUACCUGGACCUCAUCUACCAGACCUGGCAACCCGACUACCGGCCCCCUCCAGUCCCCAUGGCCCCCCAAGUGGUAGAACAGGAACAAGACUCCAUUACUGUGGAGUGGUUUCCACCCAUCUCUGGCCACUUCUAUGACAGAGAAGUGGGAUCAGUAUGUGAUAAAUGCGCAGAGGGUCGAGUCCUCCUGCAAUACGCCUCCAAUUCUUCAUCUCCGUUCCUGAGAACUGCUAGGGGCUCUUGUGCCAGCCAAGCAACUGCCAUUGAGAUGAAUGAAUUGCUUGGAUGUCUUGCAGGACCACCAGAUGUAGAGCAGGCAUGCGAGCCCAGCGUCCGCACGUGGAGUCCGCAUAACGGCAUGGAUCUAGGAAUGGUGCCUCCUCCCUGCCCUCUGCAAGGCUGCAUGCUACAGCUGGAGUUCGCAUAUCCGGUGGUCCCUGACUCCCUCACAGUGUGGGUGACCUUCUCCUCCCAGGAGGAAACCGUUCUGCCUGCCAUCCACAAUAUCAUCUUAUUGACUGUCGGUGGCAACAACCUGUCUCUGGGUCCCAGCAAUUUGUUCUGCGACACACCACUGACCAUCAAGCUGGAUGUGCUUGAGAAGGUGUACGGCGUGCAGUUUUUCACCAUGGAGCAACAUUUGGAAAUUGAUGCUACUCUGCUCACGUCCAAACCCGACUGUCCGUUGUGUCGAGAAUGUGAGCCGCUGCACUAUAGGCUCCUGCGGCAGCCGCCAUUUGUUCACGCACCCCAGGGCGUCAUGCUGAGAGACUCAAUGCGAAGAUACAUGGACAGGGAGGUUGAGUAUGGUGGGAUAUACACAUACCAAGUCCAAACCAUCUCCAGUCGGAGCGAGAGUGAAUCAUCACCUCCACUGACACACCGUCUUGGAGCGCCGUACUGUGGAGAUGGUCUCAUCCAGAGGUCCCAGGGAGAGGAAUGUGAUGAUAUGAACACUAUGAAUGGAGACGGCUGCUCCGGCCACUGCAAGAAGGAGCCGUUUUUUAACUGUAUUGAUGAGCCCAGCAUGUGCUACUAUUAUGACGGUGAUGGCAUCUGUGAAGACUUUGAGCGGGAGACGAGUGUGAAGGAUUGUGGCCUGUACACACCGAAUGGUUUUCUGGACCAGUGGGCCACCUCAGUGGAAGUGUCCCAUGAAGAGAGGCUGUACUGCCCUGCCGACGUGGCUGCUGGAUAUCCUGCUAUUACUAAGACGUGCCAGUCCAAAGUGUUUGACCUUUCUGACGGAGUGUCUCAGUAUGCCUGGUUUCCAUGUCGAGAGGCCCAGGGUGUUUCUUGGUAUUCUCAGUACUGGUUAAAGGCGUAUUUCUCACAUCCUAUGGUUGCUGCAGCCGUUAUCAUCCAUUUAGCUGCAGACGGAACCAGCUUCAUCGACCAAGCCCAGUGUAACAUCACAGUCCAACUGAUCGACACCAAAGAGUGCGUCCACAGCUUAGGCGACUGGCGUUUGAGCUGCCGCACCAAUCCUCUGGUCAUCCCAGUGAGUCAUGACUUGAGCAUGGCCUUCUACCACACCAAAGCCAUUCUCCUCAUGUUCCGCUCCGAUCUCGUGGCCAUCUCCGGCAUCGGCCUGCGUUCCUUCCAGUUCUUUGACCCAAUCACCAUCAGCGGCUGUCAGAGCAAUGAAAUAUACAACCCCAUGGGCCAAAGCUGUGUUCAUUACUCCUGUGACGCUAUUGAUUGCCAAGAGCCACUGAUCCGGAAUGCAGAGGUGCAGUGCAGCGACGGCGGCUACUUCAAUGGAGCGCGCUGCACUGUCACGUGCAAUAGCGGCUAUGUCCUACAAAUCCACCGGGACGAUGACAUCAUCAAGAGCCAGACGGACUCAACCGUGACCAUCACCUGUGCUGAUAGGAAAUGGAACAAGCAAGUAUCGUGUGAGCCGGUUGACUGUGGGCUUCCAGAUAAGUAUCAUGUGCACCCUGCCCACUUUGAUUUCCCAGAAGGCACCACCUACGGCAAGAAGAGCACGUUCCAGUGCAAGGAGCCUGCUCAGCUUGUGGGCACUAAUAACACUCUGACCUGUAUGGAGGAUGGUCUGUGGUCGUUCCCGGAGGCUUUGUGUGAGCUCCGCUGUUCUGCACCGCCUCCCGUGCCCAGUGCCGUGCUGCAGACCAAACGCUGCAAUGAGACGGGUCUUAAAGUGGGCACCCUCUGCAAAUACAAAUGCAAACUAGGAUACCAUGUGGCCAACAAGCCAAAGAGGAGAGCCUUCAAGCGUCAGUGUACAGAAGACGGCCGUUGGUUAGAGGGCUCAUGUGAGCCGGUCACCUGUCCACCUCCUCCAUCUGUCUUCUAUGGCAUGUACCAGUGCACAGACGGCUUCAAGUUCGACAGCACCUGCUGGAUCCACUGCAACGGGGCCAACAACACGCUGAGACAACCAACAUGCAAAGAGGGGCACGGCACCAAUGUCAUCCACUGCAGAAAGGAUGGGAACUGGACCGGAAGCUUCCGCUUAUGCCCUCAGCUGAAGGGUCAAUGCUCUCUACCUCAGAACCUGCAUCCCAGCAUCCAUGUCAGCUGCAAGAAAGGCCAUGGCAUAGGAGAGGAGUGUGAGUUGUCAUGCAGAGACAGUAACAAUGAUGUGGUCAUUCUGCCGAGCAACAUGACGGCCAGCAGCAUUAUGAGACAUCACUGGAUGAACCCUCCAAAAGUCAAGCACAUAGUCUGCACCAUGGGCCUGAAGUGGUACCCCCAUCCGGAAGUUCUGCGCUGCAUAAAAGGAUGUGAGCCUUUCAUGGGUGACAAUUACUGUGAUGCCAUCAACAACAGAGCCUACUGCAACUACGAUGGAGGCGACUGCUGCCAUUCCACUGUCAAGACUAAGAAGGUGAUUCCGUUCCCCAUGUCCUGUGACAUCCGAAGAGAGUGCGCUUGCCGGGACCCCAACGCCUUGGAGAACCGAAAGGGCGAGCCCUUGCACUCACUUGGUUAAAACGCUCCACCAAGCUGGUGUGCGGACUGGGACAGGAUGAGAUAUUCUUCCCAGAAAUGCUGCUGCUUCACAGUUGUACCUCUCUUCUUAUAGCUGUUCAUCAUUUCCAUGUCCGAGUCUACCUGUUAUAUCUUACAGUACAGUCUUUUGGAAAAGGAUCCCAAUGCCAAGACCCCACAAAGGACCAAAGCUGGUUUGUGUAUGCCAUCUGUAGAUCACUCACGACCCCUCCAAAAAAUGAAGAAAAAUGAAAGCAAGGCAUCUCGAGGGAACUAUUCUGAUUUGACCAAAGCCAGAAAAAGUAGAAUCAACUUUCCACUAAAAUGCACUCUCUAAUCCAUUUAGGGGGCUUGAUUUGUUUUAGUGUGUCUCAAAUGUGACCUCAGUCGUCCCAGGAAGACGGUGCGUGGCGUUUCAACCCUCACCUGUGUCUCGUGUCCCUACGGAAGCAGACUGGGUUUCAAAACAAGGACGGUACGAUUGGCUAGAUAGCAAUCACGGGCUGAUUUUAAAGACUAAUCAGCAAUUAUUGUAAUGUUCCUGAAACGAAACAAAUCUAUCUAAUAUAUAUGCGCAAUGGGGAAUGGCUGCAGGUCCCGUCGCACACUAUUUACGUUCUGUUACAAAAUAAUUGUGAAUUGAGGUUUAUUUAAAAUGCACACCGAUAGAUCCGAGCAUAAAUAUGGUAAGAAUGAAUUGGUUUCUUUAGCAUGGCUGCUGUUGUUGCUGCUACGAUUGCUGCUAAUUAGUCAAACAACAGACAACAGGAAUAUGCAGGCCAUGAUCUAGUGUGUCGUCAGUCUGCCUUAACACUUACCUCUGAUUAAUAUAACCAUCAAGACCGAAGACCUCCCAUUACAGCUCAGCCAGUGCUGAAUUGUAACUCGUCUAGUCCGAAUGCAAAACAGACACAAAUUCCUGAAUGUAGAGGUCAUAAACCUUUUAUUUUACGUAAAUGCUUAGUUCACCCAAAAACUCUAUCAUUUACUCACCCUUUGUGUGUGUGUGUGUGUGUGUGUGUAUGAAAAUGCUUAAAAAAUCAUAAAAUAAGCCCUUCAUAUCCAUAAAAUGACAGUUAAAUUCAAUAAAAGCAUCAUGAAAGUCUUCUGAAGCCACACAGGUCUUGUGUGAUGAAGAGAUUGAAAUUAAAUUGAUUAUUCACCGAAAAUCUUUCCAUCUGCUGCAGCUCCCGCAUGUCAUUCCUCAAUCUACAAAACCCAUGACAUCAAAGUGUAGUAUGACGUCCAUAUAUUUCAAUCUGAACGCAAACAUGGAAGAUAUUUGUGUGCUCUGAUGGAGGGGAAGAUUUUCAGCAACUAAAAACAACUUAACCUUUGGCGGGUUCCUCACACAAACCCACCAGCUUCAGAAGACUGCAUGAGUAUUAUGGACUACUGCUGUGGUACUUCUGCGGCGCUUUGCUUUAUUACAGUGACCCUGAUUAUGUACUAUGAAUGGAGAUGACAAAUGGAGACUCUUACACAAUCUUUCUAAUCUCAGUGAAUCUGUUGCCAGUCAAAAACGUUUUUAAGGGUAACUUACCG